UUUUCUUUGUUUGCUUCUGCGUAUCACUAUAUUUUUCUCAUACCCCCAUUCUCUCUUUGUCCUCUUGCUUUUAUAGCCUGUGAUCAAGUAUCUUCUUCGCAUCGGUGCCCAAUUUGUUGGGUACCGUGAAUAUGCAAAUAAAACUGAAGAAAAACUGGCGGAAGCCAAUGAUCGUGCCAAUACACUUGCUCAGCAAUUAGAGCAAAGUGAAAAGGCUCGCAAAAAGGCUGAGUCAGAUGCUAUUGAUGCACGAGCAGAGGCUGAUAAAGCCAAGGCUGACGCUGCUGGUGUCGAAGAUCUCAGAAAGAGGCUUCACACCGCUGAAACUUCCCUGAGCGAUCACAUAGCCGCCCAGUCUGCUCGCGAGGAGGCGAUCCGUAAGCGUUUAACGACGCAGAGUCGCCGCUUCGUAGGUAAGUACCACUCAUUAUUCUUUUGUAUUUUCUUCUCUGCACUCGUUUGUUGCUCAAUUUUUCUUUCUUGACAGCUAGAACAGCUCAAGAAUUUCAACUUGAUGAACCCGCCAAUGAUUCUCUUCUUGACGCCCUUUCACUCCUUGAAGUUCAUGGAUCAGAGGCACGCGAAGGCAUUGAUCAGGCUAAAGCGGGGUUGUCGCGGCUUUUCCCUUAUUUCUUCCCCAAGAAAGAGGAACCCGCAACUUUCCUUGACCUCGCCAAGUGCUUCAAUCCAUCAGAAGAUCUUGGGCUAAGGGUGCGUCAUGAAAAUAUGAAGGUUGCCGUGGAGAAUACUGUCGCCUUGGUUGCUCACAGCCAGCAGUCUAUCGAUUGGUCGAAAGUUGGCGACACUGAUCAGAUAGAACAGUCAAGGUGGAGGUCUUUGAUCAAGGCAGCUAAGCCCAACACGAGGAAAAUCCUGGCUUAUAUCGGGAUCAGGCCAUCUUCGACUCCUAGCUCAUCAAAGCCGGAGUUAAUUUUUGACAAUUAUACGCCAGCUCCUGGUUCUUCCAAUAUUUUGCCUUCUCCCCCAAGGAGAACUCCUGCUGAUGCUUCGACUGCCGAGGAUUCCUUGCCGCAAGAAUUAGACGAACUUCGACACCAACUUCAGUUCGUGAAGAAGCAAUCACUUGUGCUGAUGGACAAGGCUCGUAAGUCAUCUGAAGCCGAGGAAAUUGCACUCCAACAAGCACAAACUGCUAUUGCUGAAAAGGACUCGGCUGUUGCUGAAACCACUGCAGCUACGUCUCGAGAAAAUUCCAUGCUCCAGCUGUUAGUAGAUGCUAGCUUGGAUAUGGCGGGUAUGUUUGAUUAUCUUUUGUCGCGCUUCAUUUUUCUUUGCUGCUUGCCUCAUUGUCUACUGACCUGUUGCGAGAAACAAUAGGUGCUUUUUUGGAUACUGCUGCUGAAGAUGAACGUGUCGAGGCUCGUUCCAAUGUUCUUCUUCGGCUUGCGCGUGAUCAUGGGUCGACUUUUUGGGGCACGCCUGAACGGACUCGCCAAAUCGUGAGAUUUCAGGAUCGCGCGCUUCAGGUUCGCGGGUACCUUGACUUCUGUACCAAGACCCUCUCUAUGGUGUAUAACUCUAUGUUUCCUCGGAACGUUCAACCAAAAACUCUUCCCGAGUUAAUGGAGAAGUUUAAGGAUGCUCAUAGGAUCCAUCACUUUGUCAGAGCUCAACUGGUAGCUGGCGCCAGAUUUGCCCUCAUAAUGCUUCAGAUCUGCCAUUCAAAACUUGAUCUGACCCAAGUUGUUGAGAAGGUUCACGAGAAGGUUCGGCGCCGAAGAGUUGGUAUUGAUCGCAUUAACACGAAGGUUUCACCCAUAGCCGAAGAAAUGAUUGAAGACCUCCUUCGGAUGGAUGCCGAUUUUUUUGCAGACGGUCAUUAUGCUGAUUUUCUUGGUGCUGCUCCUGAGGAAAACAAAGUUACUCUUGACGAUAUAUUGAAUCAAGGCUAGUUUUCCUUUGGUAGAUAAUUUUCUUUUUGUGAAUCAUGGUUGUGAUUCUAUUGUAAAGCAAACAGUAUAUUUCUAUAUUUGUCUAGCCCCCGAGUAUUUUCGGUGGCUAGCCGCUGUAUUUGUAUAGUGCGAGGUUUUUUAACCAAGGCAAGAUAAUAUACACUGUACUAUUUUUGUGGGUGUAAGCCCCCGAGC